AUGGCCUUCGUCCAGCAUUUGGUCUUUCUGACCUCCUUCCUCACCGUCUUCGCGACCCUCCUCGCCACUUCACGCUUCUUGGGCCAAAAACUGCGUGAGGCGGGAUACGACAUCAGAAGGCUCAUCCUCUACGGCUUGGACGACAUCAUAGACGAACCGCCAGCUCAUACAUCACAAGAAAUGGCCGCUGUCCUCCCCGACUUCGUGCAGGAUUUGCUCAAGCAGUAUAACCUGACGCCUGCCGAUCUCCAAGCACCGCUUGCGAUCUUCGUCACGCUCGCCACGACUUUUGUGCUUUACAAAACAUUCGCCAGUGGUUCGAAGCGCAAGCCAGUCCUCGACCCGAAGGAGUGGAAAUCUUUCCCCCUCGUGGAGAAGAUCAUCAUCUCCCCCAACACAGCCAUCUACCGCUUCAAACUGCCGCACCCGGACGAUGUGCUCGGCCUCCCUACUGGCCAGCACAUCUCCGUGUCUGCCGAGAUUGACGGCAAGGAGAUUAUGCGCUCGUACACCCCUACGAGUAAUGACGAUGACCGCGGCCACUUCGAUCUCCUCGUGAAGGCGUAUGAGAAGGGUAAUAUCUCCCGUUACAUCUCGCUUCUCAAGGUCGGCGACCAUGUCCGCAUCAAGGGACCCAAGGGCCAGUUCAACUACCGCAAGGACCUGUCUCGCCACAUUGGUAUGAUCGCUGGUGGAACAGGUAUUACCCCCAUGCUUCAGGUCACACGUACGGCGCUCCGCGACAGUUCCGACAAGACCAAGUUCAGCCUCAUCUACGCCAACGUGAACGAGGAGGACAUCUUGCUUAAGCAAGAACUCGAUGAGUUGGCUGCCAAGUACCCGAACCGCUUCACUGUCUACUACGUGCUCAACAAUCCUCCUGCGGGCUGGACUGGCGGUGUCGGCUUCGUCAGCAAGGACCAAAUCGCGGAGCACAUGCCGCCGACAAGCGAAGACAUCAAGGUUUUGCUGUGCGGCCCUCCGCCGAUGAUGACGGCCAUGAAGAAGCACCUGGCCGAGCUUAAUUACCCGGCGCCACGCACCGUCAGCAAACUUGUUGAUCAGGUCUUCCUCUUCUAA